UCCUAGAUGUGAGGAGGGUUCGGUUCAUUCGGUUCCGUCCGUUCAUCCUAUCGGUUAAAUCAGCUAACCAGUUCAAACCAAAACCCCUAAAGCCCGAAUCUGAAAUCCCGAGAUCUCUUCUUCCUCUUCCUUUCCUGCUCCAUCUUUCGAUUGAUUCCAGCUCUUGCCUGCGAUUCCCCUCUCCGGCGACCUCCGCGGCUCUCCUUUCCUCUUUAGUUGCGCCUGCCUCCUCCACUUCUUCUUUCAAGGUCCACUGGCAAUAGCCCUCGGAAGAGAUGGCUGCAAGUUUCGCUUCCAAGUUCUCUCGCGGUGUGGGACGAUCGCUGUUUGGAGGGCUAGGAAACAACAUCUCUUCUGCAGCAGCCAACUUAUCAGCUGAACUCACUUCCAGCAGCAAUUCGCUGUUUCAGCAACAUAGGACAUUCAUUCAAAUGAGGACGGUUCUCAAAGUUGCAGACAACUCCGGUGCCAAAAAGGUGAUGUGCAUACAAGCACUCAAGGGGAGGAAAGGUGCAAGGUUGGGGGACACGAUCGUGGCUUCAGUGAAAGAAGCGAUGCCAAAUGGUAAGGUGAAGAAAGGGAAGGUCGUUUAUGGAGUGGUUGUGCGGGCUGCCAUGCAGAAGGGAAGGUGUGAUGGGAGUGAGGUCAAGUUCGACGACAAUGCUGUGGUUUUGGUCGACAAGCAAGGUCAGCCUAUUGGUACCAGAGUGUUUGGUCCUGUGCCCCACGAGCUCAGGCGGAAGAAGCACGUCAAGAUCCUUACUCUAGCCGAGCAUAUUGCCUGAAUGUUUGUUCUUUAGAUGUCAUAGAUGCUUGAUGUUUCGCUUCCCAGUAUCAGAGAAUGACUUUUUUUUUUCUGGUUAAUCAUCAAGCUGUUCACGGCUGAGCAGAAACUUGCACUACUUUCACAUGAAAGUGACUGGAAAUCGAAAGCUUUCCGUUGUAACAUUAUAGAGAACAGGAUCCUUGGAACAGUCUACUCCGUGCUUGAGUAAUUUGCUUAGGAAGAACUCAAAGGAGAAAAAACUGUUAUGCUAGGUAUACCAAAAUUGAUUGUCCUCGCUUGCCAUGGAUGACAUGGUCGCGUUCGUUGGCCUUCCUGUAGCUCUCAUGGCUGUUGGACCAUGUAAACUUCUUUCAUGAAUUCAUCUUCGUAAAAAUGUAUUGUUGAUAACAAA